AUGUAUCUUCGCGCGGUUCACGCCGAACACUCCAUCCCAGCCUUGCGGCAAUUUAUCAAAGAAAACCCGUUCGGACUCAUCAUCAGCGCCAUAAAAUCUGUCAAUUUCCCAACCAUCCAAUGCACACAUGUUCCCUGGAUUAUCGACGUCCAGGACGACACGAGUGAAACUGAACUUGGCACAUUGCGCGGCCACAUGGCCAAGCCGAAUCCGCACUCCAAAGCCCUGAGCGAAGCCGCCCAAGCGGAUUCGCCAUCCAACGGCAAACUCGCGGAGGAAGUGUCAGUCAUCUUCAAUGGUCCGGCGCAUCACUACGUGACGCCCAAGUUCUACACGGAGACAAAACCCAGCACCGGGAAAGUGGUACCCACGUGGAACUACGCGGCGGUCCAGGCCUACGGCACGGCGACGAUAUACUUCGACUCGAAGGCGUCCGAGACCGGUGAAUUUCUGAGACGACAACUUGACGAUCUCUCGCAUCACGCCGAAGCCAAUGUCAUGGGCUUCGUAGGUGGUGAUCGGCAGAAAGCUUGGGAGGUAAGCGAUGCGCCGCAGUCGUAUGUCGACCUGUUGAGGAAAAAUAUCAUUGGCGUCGAAAUUGAAAUCACCCGGCUGGAGGGGAAGUUCAAGAUGAGCCAGGAGCUGGGCAAGGGUGAUCGGGAGGGUGUCAUCAAGGGGUUCGAGGCGCUCAACACCGAUCAGGGUUCCAAGAUUGCAAGGACGGUGGAAGAGAGGGCCGCGCUGAGGGAGUUGAAAUUGUCUGCGUGA